ACAGUUGUUGCGAUUAGCAGUACAUUGAUGGCACAGUGAUGAAAACGCUCACAACGCAUAGUGAUGGAAUUUCUUUUUUCAUAUAGUGUUGAAAGUGUUAUCAAUCGCAUCAUGUUACGAAAGUAAAUAUCGUUCAAACAACAGGGAAAGGGAUCAAAUAUCGAAAGGAUCAACGAUUUACUUUUAAGGGAUUGUAUUUCAUUUCUAGUACAACUUUUCGUAAGUACAUACUCUUAUGCUUUAAGUGUCGUUUAUUUCUCGCCGCAGAUUUUAAAGUGUUUUACGAGUCGAUAUUAUUGACUUUUUCGAAUGCCUUUCGCAUGUAUUCGAGACAUAAGCGGAUAAAGGUAUUAAGUAAUCUUACCUUUGUUAUAGAAGAUAUAGAUCAUCGUUAUCAUAACAUAUAGAUCGUUUAAAAAAAGCAAUUGAAAUACUUUAAAAGCUUUAAAAGAAGACAAGUAUUCCAACCGUUGACCGUUAGAAACAAUAUAAUAUUUUCAAUUAACACGUAUAUCGAUGCAUUGUCAAUUCGAAAAUGCCAUCGUACUUACAAUUUCUUCAAAUAUUCGAUUAGAUCGGAAUUUUAAGAACACCGCGCCAUGCCCGAUACAUAGGUUCAUGGUGGCUACCGUGGUAAAUGUUAUUUCUAGAUAUAGGUAGUAUUUGCAAUAGGACCGAGCUCGAGGGUAAAACUACAGACGCGGGGCAUCGAACACGGAAACAAGUCUGCAGAAGGGCAAGUGUCGGUUUCAUCGACGACGAUAUCGCGGUGGAAAGGGUAAUAGCGGUAUUGAUUGCAGCGGAACUUGACCGCGCAAACUCUCUGUCUGCCCUCAAUGAAAUGACGUGCUUACAUAUGGAACCACGACGGACGGGACGACGAUAAAAACCUGUGGAUACCACACCUGGCUAACACCUGCCAGUUGAAACGGUGAUGAUGACAUCGACCCUCUGCACCUGCACAUGGCUACUGCUACCCUGCUGCGUUCUCGUCACCCUCUCUACUGGUGAACUGAAUUUUUAUCGAGAUGAAAUCGCUUUUAGGCAAUUGAUGAAGUACCUCGAGGGGCAGAGAACGCAUUUUCUCUCGCUGUUGGCGAAUCAAGCUCACAAGAAGCAUCAUCUGGGCUUGGAUCGCCAAAAGGAGAGGGAUAUUCUGGAAGCGUUGAUCAACAAAGGCAGCUUGGCGGAUAUUCAAAGAAAGGAGAAAGCAAAAGGAUGGAACUAUCGGCAAACGCGAUACAACGAGCCGAUCAACGAAUUACCGCAAGAAAGGGGGCAUUAUUUUUCGUUAUACGAGUUGAACCCGCUCGAAAGUUCUUUGGAGUAUCCAAACUUUAAGUUGCCUUAUCUUCCCCGUGAAAUGAAUGGCGAAGAUACGAAUCUUCAAGACGAUGACUACGGGUACGAUCGGAAUCCAUUAUCGAAACAUUUGUCUUUCGACGAGACCAACUUGGACAGGGGAAUGAAGGAGGAACCGUUGGAAUUUCACGGAAGGUACAGUAGUGGAUCGAUGAACGAGUACGGCAAAAAUGAUAUACAGAUAGAAAAGCUGGAAGCGACCACUCCGGAUUUUACUUUCGAAUCGAAUUUACGCGAUAGACAACCGUUCGCUGUAAAGCCCAAUGAUCCCAGAUAUUAUCAGGAUGCUCCUUUUUUCUUAGAUAACGAAGAUAACUCGGAUUUUGAGCAAUCGAUGAAAAAUAACACGAAGUGGGAACGAGAGAAUACAGCGAUUGGAAAAGGACACACGAUGCAACAGGAGAAGGCGGGAAACAUGGAGUCCAAGUUUAAGGACACGUCGGUGAUCGUGAUACCGGAGUUGGAACGACGUAUGGAGUACAACCCGAUGUUCGUACCUGUAAACCAGGAUUUGAAUAAUGAUAUAUAUUUUAUUGCUAUCGUUGCUGGCUGCAGCGCAGCGGCGAUGUUUGCUCUCGUAUUAAUCGCUUUGACAUGGUGCAGAUUAAAACGGGGUGCCAAAGCGGCUGCUGAUAUAGAAUAUCCAGCUUACGGUGUAACUGGUCCAAAUAAAGAGAUAUCACCAUCUGGAGACCAAAGGCUCGCGCAGUCUGCUCAGAUGUAUCACUUCCAACAUCAGAAACAACAAAUCAUCGCUAUGGAAAAUCGUGUUUCUGCAACCAGAGACCCAGGCUCUGUAUCCGAAGCAGAGAGCGAGGAGGAAAACGAGGAAGGAGACUACACUGUUUACGAAUGCCCAGGACUGGCUUCUACUGGUGAAAUGGAAGUAAAGAAUCCGUUGUUCCAUGAUGAUCCAACACCGGCGACACCAGCACAAUCUAACAAAGAAGAGGACCAUAUAUAGUUCGACUAAAUUCCAAAUAUAUUUGAUUUUAAUAUUUUUUCUGGUGCUUAGCCCACUGUUAACGUACCAUAUCGGAAACAUUUAUCUAUAUAUCGAAUACGUACGCAACUUUAAUAUUUGUACGACGCGGGAAGUCGAGAUAGAAAAUUAACCAAAAGAUCUGACACGAGACCAUUUUUGAGUUUUGUGAAAGAGUUUACCACGUGAAACGAUGAACAUUCCACGUCGUUAAAAACUAUCGUGUUUAUUUGAAAACACA